AUGGGAGAAGGAAUUCGAAAAGGGAGAGGAGAUGGAAUUCGAAAAAUAGAAGAAGGAAUUCGUAAAGGGAUAGAAGAAGGAAUUCGAAAAGGGAGAGAAGAAGGAAUUCGUAAAGAGAUGGGAGAAGGAAUUCGUAAAGGGAUAGAAGAAGGAAUUCGAAAAGGGAUGGGAGAAGUAAUUCGUAAAGGGAUAGGAGAAGGAAUUCGAAAAGGGAUGGGAGAUGGAAUUCGUAACGGGAUAGGAGAAGGAAUUCGUAACGGGAUGGGAGAAGGAAUUCGUAAAGGGAUAGGAGAAGGAAUUCGAAAAGGGAUGGGAGAAGGAAUUCGUAAAGAGAUGGGAGAAGGAAUUCGAAAAUGGAUGGGAGAAGGAAUUCGAAAAGGGAGAGGAGAUGGAAUUCGAAAAGGGAUAGAAGAAGGAAUUCGUAAAGGGAUAGAAGAAGGAAUUCGAAAAGGGAUGGGAGAAGUAAUUCGUAAAGGGAUAGGAGAAGGAAUUCGAAAAGGGAUGGGAGAUGGAAUUCGUAACGGGAUAGGAGAUGGAAUUCGUAACGGGAUAGGAGAAGGAAUUCGUAACGGGAUAGGAGAAGGAAUUCGUAACGGGAUAGGGGAAGGAAUUCGAAAAGGGAUGGGAGAAGGAAUUCGUAACGGGAUGGUAGAAGGAAUUCGUAAAGGGAUAGGAGAAGGAAUUCGAAAAGGGAGAGGAGAUGGAAUUCGAAAAGGGAUAGAAGAAGGAAUUCGUAAAGGGAUGGGAGAAGGAAUUCGUAAAGGGAUAGGAGAAGGAAUUCGAAAAGGGAUGAGAGAAGGAAUCGAAAAGGGAGAGGAGAUGGAAUUCGAAAAGGGAUAG